CAAACAUGUAUACAUGUAUAUAGUCCCAAGUGACAUGUCUCUUUAUUAAACCUGGAAGGGCUUUGACAUUAACCGUAUGGUGUCAAGAAAAUUUACAGUUUCUUUUUUGUAAAUACACUCCGCUAGGAAAGCCAUUUUUAUUUUUUGCCACAUUUAUUCUUCAUCCUGUGGUAAAUAUGCUGAAUAGGUGACAGAAGGCACUCUCUUCUUGGGUUCCUCAAUGAGUUAAUUGUUUUCGGAAGCCCCAUUCUGGCCAGCAUUUAGGAAGCGUGCUUGGGCAUGCAUUAUGAUGCUAUUAGCUGAUAUCAGUGCACGGUGCUUGGAGCUGCAUGGGGAAACAGGAUGCUGGUUUGACCCCCUCUACAUACUGAGGUCUACAGAGUGUUCUAUAUGUAAGCAGACUCUUUUGCUCAGAUUGCUGAAAAAUGCAGACUUUCCUCAAAGGGAAGAGGGUGGGUUACUGGAUGAGCGAGAAAAAGAUCAAGAAACUGAAUUUUCAGGCUUUCGCAGAUUUGUGCAGCUUAAUCUGGCCAAACCCAUUGAGGACCAGGGCCCUCUAGAUGUGAUUAUACACAAACUGACAGAUGUCAUUCUUGAGGCUGACCAAAAAGAUAGCGAGUCCAUGCAGCUGGUGCAAAGGUUCCAGGACUAUAUUGAAGCUCACCCUGAAACAAUAAUACUUGACCCAUUGCCUGCCAUUAGAACAUUGCUGGACCGCUCAAAAUCUUACGAGCUUAUUCGCAGAAUAGAGACCUACAUGCAAGAUGAAAGGAUUUGCUCCCCUCCAUUCAUGGAGCUAAUGGCAGAAUGUGAUGAAGAUACCUUGAAGAUUUUAGAGAAAAAUGGCCUGGCAUUUCCAUUAGUUUGUAAGACUCGAGUGGCCCAUGGUACAAACUCUCAUGAGAUGGCGAUUAUAUUUAAUCCAGAAGGACUGUGGUCAAUCAAGCCUCCCUGUGUAAUUCAAAGCUUCAUUAGCCACAAUGCGGUCCUCUACAAAGUCUUUGUGGUGGGAGAAUCUUAUACAGUAGUAGAGCGACCAUCCUUGAAAAACUUCUCACUUGGAGCUUCUGACAGAGCAUCCAUAUUCUUCAACAGUCACAAUGUUUCAAAGCCUGAAUCAUCCUCUGUUCUAACAGCACUUGAAAAGGUUGAAGGCGUAUUUGAGCGACCCUGUGAUGAAGUUAUUCGUGGGAUCUCCAAAGCACUACGUCAGGCUUUGGGAAUCUCUCUUUUUGGCAUUGAUAUCAUUAUAAACAACAAGACUGGCCAACAUGCUGUGAUUGAUAUCAAUGCUUUCCCAGGCUAUGAGGGUGUCCCAGAAUUCUUCACUGACCUCCUGAACCACAUUACAACCAUUUUGCAACGUCCAGAUCAGAGUGCAAACAAGUCCUCAGUGGAGCAGACAGGAAGUUCACUUGGAGAGCGCCUUUGCUGUACUCCACCUGCUCGAACAGACCCAUGGAUUGUGGAGACAGACACAAGUGGAUCUGUAAAGUUGCAAAGUCAGAGACUAGGAUGCAAUUCAUCAGUUUCUCCCAGCUUCCAGCAGCACUGUGUGGCCUCUUUGGCAACCAAGGCUUCCUCCCAAUAACAAGUCAUUUUGAAGGACCACAGGAAGUAGGAGUAUUCCAAAGGAACAUGGGAACAGUUUUAUUUUGGUGUUCAUCGGAUAAUUACUUGAACUGAGUUGUAACAGCAGGUUGUUGGUCAGUAAAAGGGCAGCUGGACACUUAGUGUUUUAAUUGACAUCAUACUUUACAGCUUUUUUCAAAGAAGAAAGUUUUGGUAUUCAAUCCUCCCUUGUGCAGUUGUGAGAAACACCGCUGUCCGAUUUCAAAAGAUCCCAAUAGACACUGGUUCUUCAGCAUUUCAGAGGUUCCAUGCUGUGGCCAUAGGGGGACCAUACUCCCUGCUCAAUGUUCUACUAAGUCGUGGUACAGUCCUUAAAUAUAUAUGAAAGUGAAACUGCAGCUGUUCAACUCAGACAACAUGUUCCUAAAGUGGGUUGUGUUCUGAAAGUAAAAAAAGGAAUUAUUUUAUAACAAAAAGCAAAUUUUAUUCUUUAAAAAAAAAAUGACCUAUUCCUACUGUCUCUUCACCAUAUGAAAAUUACCACACAUCGACCACUUUUGAUCUUUUGAUUGUAGAAAUGUAAUUUCUUAUUUUAAAAAAAAUAUUCUUUAGUAUUCUGCACCUUGAUUUUUUUUUUUAAUUUUGUGAUUUAGAUUUUAUUCGAAACAUUUCAGUCUUAAUGUGCUUCCUGAAUCCUUAAUGCCCUUCCUCAGCUUUGCAUUCUCUGAUCAGGUGUCUGUCAGGGAGAGAAAGUGUUAAACAAGAUACUUGCUGCUGUAGACCAAAUCAAGGCAGAUCAGUUUGGGGUCACUAAGUCUGCAUUCAUCAUCACCAUGUGUUUAAUGUGAUAUCUUAUAAAGUCAGAACAUUUUCCAUAUAUUCAACAAUGCCAGUUGUGUUCUGCCAAAAGAUUCUUUAGAGAGGUUUUGUUGUGAAUUAGAGAUAGAUAAAGCCUGAAGAUCCACCAUAGUUUAUCAAAGAAUGGCUAUAAUUUUAGUUUAGCAGCACCAGAAGGUCUGAGGUGGGCUGCAUUUUCCAAUAAUUAACACUUUACUUAGUAAGUAAUUUUGUUGCUGUGACAUUUAAACAUUUAUUAUUCUGAACAAUAUUAAUUUUCUAAUUUAAGUGUGAUUUUGAGCAUACCCUGGCCUAGCAGGUAUAAACCAGAAUGGUAUAGGCUCCAGAAGUCAUAAUGGGUUUCUGAUGGUAGCGCCUGGUACAUUGAAAGUGACUGAAGAGAAAAUCAGAGAUAGACCAUAAUACGUUUGGAUUGGACAAUGCAGGAGAUAGUGAAUGUUAUCUUUUCUUAAAUAUGGCUCUUGUAGGAGAAAUUAUUUCUGUCAUUUUUGAAAGCAUAGGUUGACAUGUAAACUGAAAAUUGAAAAUGAAUUUAACGGUAUAUAGAUCUUUUUAAGGGAAAUCUCAAUACAAGCAGUCCUAGAGUUUCACUGCGGUGCACUUAUAGAAGCUGAACUGUCUUACCUAUGUUAUCCUGCCUUCAAAUCAUUCCAAGUAGUUUUACUUGCCUCCGUUUCUUCAACACGGACCCCUUAACACCAGCAAGGAGUUAAAUGUGCAUAACUAAGAGAUUAUUCAGAAAGUACGAUUGGCAUUAUGUCUUACCAUACCUCGAUUCCAUCCCUUCCUUGUAACAUCAGCAAUAAAAUAUUAAUUUAAUCAAA